AUGCGCGGCGCUCUCGCUGCGCUCUCUCCCUGCUCAUGGGACCUGAUGCCGCGCCACCUCUGUGGCCGCUCCAUCCUCUCUGACGGCGCCAGCCCUCCGGCUGCGCCAUCUCUCUUUGGAGUGAGCCUCGUCUCGCUCUUCGUCUACUCGAGCCUCGUCUCGUGUGCCGCCUCGUGGGCGGCGUGGCGCGGCGGGCGGCUGUCUCUGCCGCCGCCUCGUGUGAGCCUCGUCUCGCUCUUCGUCUACUCGAGCCUCGUCUCGUGUGCCGCCUCGUGGGCGGCGUGGCGUGGCGGGCGGCCGUCUCUGCCGCCGCCUCGAGUGAGCCUCGUCUCGCUCUUCGUCUACUCGAGCCUCGUCUCGUGUGCCGCCUCGUGGGCGGCGUGGCGUGGCGGGCGUCUGUCUCUGCCUCCGCCUCGAGUGAGCCUCGUCUCGCUCUUCGUCUACUCGAGCCUCGUCUCGUGUGCCGCCUCUUGGACGGCGUGGCGGGCGGCUGUCUUUGCCGCCGCCUCGAUGAGCCUCGUCUCGCUCUUCGUCUCCUCGAGCCUCGCCUCGUGUGCCGCCUCUUGGGCGGCGUGGCGUGGUGGGCGGCUGUCUCUGCUGCCGCCUCGAGUGAGCCUCGUCUGGCUCUUCGUCUACUCGAGCCUCGCCUCGUGUGCCGCCUCGUGGGCGGCGUGGCGUGGCGGGCGGCUGUCUCUGCCGCCGCCUCGAGUGAGCCUCGUCUGGCUCUUCGUCUACUCGAGCCUCGUCUCGUGUGCCGCCUCGUGGGCGGCGUGGCGUGGCGGGCGGCUGUCUCUGCCGCCGCCUCGAGUGAGCCUCGUCUCGCUCUUCGUCUACUCGAGCCUCGCCUCGUGUGCCGCCUCGUGGGCGGCGUGGCGGGCGGCUGUCUCUGCUGCCGCCUCGAUGAGCCUCGUCUCGCUCUUCGUCUACUCGAGCCGAGCCUCGUGUGCCGCCUCGUGGGCGGCGUGGCGUGGCGGGCGGCUGUCUGUGCCGCCGCCUCGAGUGAGCCUUGUCUCGCUCUUCGUCUACUCGAGCCUCGUCUCGUGUGCCGCCUCGUGGGCGGCGUGGCGUGGCGGGCGGCUGUCUGUGCCGCCGCCUCGAGUGAGCCUCGUCUCGCUCUUCGUCUACUCGAGCCUCGUCUCGUGUGCCGCCUCGUGGGGCGGCGUGGCGGGCGGCUGUCUCUGCCCGCCUCGAGUGAGCCUCGUCUCGCUCUUCGUCUACUCGAGCCGAGCCUCGUGUGCCGCCUCGUGGGCGGCGUGGCGUGGCGGGCGGCUGUCUGUGCCGCCGCCUCGAGUGAGCCUUGUCUCGCUCUUCGUCUACUCGAGCCUCGUCUCGUGUGCCGCCUCGUGGGCGGCGUGGCGUGGCGGGCGGCUGUCUGUGCCGCCGCCUCGUGUGAGCCUCGUCUCGCUCUUCGUCUACUCGAGCCUCGUCUCGUGUGCCGCCUCGUGGGCGGCGUGGCGGGCUGCUGUCUCUGCCGCCGCCUCGAGUGAGCCUCGUCUCGCUCUUCGUCUACUCGAGCCUCGUCUCGUGUGCCGCCUCUUGGGCGGCGUGGCGGGCGGCUGUCUGUGCCGCCGCCUCGAGUGA